AUCCCCUGCUUUUGCGUAUGCACGCCCUCUCAAGCAUCUCUUCACUUCGACUCUCUUCCAUCAUCGUACAACCUCGCGCUCUCUGUUAGCUCAAUCCGCCAUUAUCACCAGCUCUACUUUCCUCACGGGGAACUUUCGGUCAUCGAGGAUGCAGCAAUUCUGUGCUGGGAAUAGCAUUGGUAAAAACAAAGCAAUGGUGGAGAAUUUGCAACGCUAUGGAGUAAUAUCAUCGAAAAAGGUAGCUGAGGUUAUGGAGACUGUAGACAGAGCUCUGUUUGUUCCUGAUGGAACUCCACCUUAUGUUGACAGCCCUAUGGCAAUAGGCUACAAUGCCACUAUAUCUGCACCUCAUAUGCAUGCCAUGUGCCUCCAGUUGCUGGAGCAGAAUUUGCAGCCUGGAAUGCAUGCUCUGGAUAUUGGAUCUGGAACUGGGUAUCUUACAGCAUGCUUUGCUUUGAUGGUUGGACCCCAAGGUCGUGCUGUUGGCGUGGAGCAUAUUCCUGAAUUAGUUUCUUCUUCAUUGGAGAAUAUUCAGAAAAGCGCUGCAGCUCCGCUGUUGAAAGAUGGUUCCCUCUCUGUGCAUGCUGGUGAUGGAAGAAAAGGUUGGCCAGAGCAUGCUCCGUACGAUGCCAUACAUGUUGGAGCAGCGGCACAGGAAAUCCCUCAAGCGCUCAUAGACCAGUUGAAGCCUGGAGGUAGAAUGGUGAUUCCUGUUGGAAACGUAUUUCAGGAUCUAAAGGUUAUUGACAAAAAAUCUGACGGUUCUGUCAGCGUGCGGAGUGAGACUUCUGUUCGGUAUGUGCCUCUCACAAGUCGGGAUGCUCAACUGCGAGGUUAUUGACCUCGGGGCAAAAUCCUGAGUUAUAGAAGAAGGCUUCUGCCUAAUACAAAUGUUUCGGUUUCUUAUAGUUGGAUGUACAACUUGCUGUAAGAAGUUACGUGGUAGAAGUUGAUGUUUCCCUUCUCCCUAUGAAUAGUUUGUGAUCAUCAUGUGGUGUUAUGAUAACAUAACAGAUAAUGACUGCCAUCUGUACAGUUUUAUUUCCUUUGAAUACAUUGGAUAGAUCAUAUGUAGUUCAAGUAUUGCUGCUGCA